UGGACUGAGCAGAGGCUUAGCCUGGGGAGUACAUAGUGGCAGAGUAAAGAAAGAGGAGGAGCUAGGCUGGCGGCGGAGCUGCAACUGCCGGGACUGCCCCUUAACUAGCACUUCGAGUUGAGAGGCCGGAGGAAGCUCUAGUGUACAUCUGACUCCUCACUGAGCAGUUCAUUUCUGUGUAGGAUGAACAGAGUCUGCUAAAGAAGAGCAACCCCCUUCCCCUUUCCCUCUCUAACCUGCCCUACCGAUCCUGCUUGGAUGGAGUCCCGCGAGUGUUCCCAUUGGCUCCUUUGAGUGUCUAGGGUGUUGGGAGAAUUCUACUUUUUCUUUCUUUCUUUUUCUUUUUUUUUUCUGGCGAAAGGAACCAACUUUUGAAGUUAAAAGGAAAAUACAUUUCAGAAUCUCAACUCCCCCAGAAAUCGGAUUGAGGUGGAGGAGCGACGGCAACCGAAAUCACCAUGGGAAGCAAAGGACAUUAUCGAUACCACUGGCAAAGUCACAAUGUUAAACAUAGUGGUGUGGAUGACAUGGUGCUCCUAUCAAAAAUCACUGAGGACUCCAUUGUAGAGAAUUUGAGGAAAAGAUACAUGGAUGACUAUAUUUUUACAUAUAUUGGAUCUGUAUUAAUUUCUGUCAACCCUUUCAAACAGAUGCCAUACUUUGGAGAUAAGGAAAUUGAAAUGUACCAAGGAGCUGCACAGUAUGAAAAUCCGCCCCAUAUCUAUGCGCUUGCUGACAAUAUGUACAGAAAUAUGAUUAUUGACAGAGAAAACCAGUGUGUCAUCAUCAGUGGUGAAAGUGGUGCUGGAAAGACUGUAGCUGCCAAGUACAUCAUGAGUUACAUCUCCAGAAUUUCUGGAGGUGGCCCCAAAGUCCAGCAUGUAAAGGAUAUCAUUCUACAAUCCAACCCACUAUUGGAGGCCUUUGGAAAUGCCAAGACUGUACGGAACAACAACUCCAGCAGAUUUGGGAAAUACUUUGAAAUCCAGUUUAGUCCAGGUGGAGAACCAGAUGGUGGAAAGAUCUCCAACUUCCUUCUGGAAAAAUCCAGAGUGGUGAUGAGGAAUCCUGGAGAACGGAGCUUUCACAUAUUUUAUCAGCUAAUUGAAGGUGCUUCUGCAGAGCAAAAACACAGCCUUGGUAUUACAAGCAUGGACUACUAUUACUACCUGAGCCUUUCAGGAUCCUACAAAGUUGAUGACAUUGAUGACAGAAGGGAAUUUCAGGAAACAUUGCAUGCAAUGAAUGUGAUCGGGAUCUUUGCAGAAGAGCAGGCCCUGGUGCUACAGAUUGUAGCUGGAGUACUCCACUUGGGGAACAUCAGCUUUAAAGAAGUUGGCAAUUAUGCUGCCGUGGAGAGCGAAGAGUUUUUGGCCUUUCCUGCUUUUCUCUUGGGAAUAAACCAAGACCGUUUAAAAGAGAAACUAACCAGUCGGCAGAUGGAUAGUAAAUGGGGAGGCAAGUCAGAGUCUAUUCAUGUGACUCUCAAUGUAGAGCAAGCCUGCUACACCAGAGAUGCUCUUGCCAAAGCCCUCCAUGCUCGAGUCUUUGAUUACUUAGUAGAUUCCAUCAAUAAAGCAAUGGAAAAAGACCAUGAAGAAUACAAUAUUGGUGUAUUAGACAUUUAUGGCUUUGAAAUAUUCCAGAAAAAUGGAUUUGAACAAUUUUGCAUCAAUUUUGUUAAUGAAAAACUCCAACAGAUUUUUAUUGAAUUAACGCUGAAAGCAGAACAGGUGGAGUAUGUGCAUGAAGGCAUUAGAUGGACUCCAAUUGAGUACUUUAAUAACAAAAUCGUAUGUGACCUCAUAGAGAACAAAGUUAAUCCUCCUGGAAUCAUGAGCAUCCUGGAUGAUGUCUGUGCCACAAUGCAUGCAGUGGGUGAGGGUGCUGAUCAGAUACUGCUUCAAAAACUUCAAAUGCAGAUUGGAACCCAUGAGCACUUCAACAGCUGGAAUCAAGGAUUUAUCAUUCAUCAUUAUGCAGGAAAGGUAUCCUAUGACAUGGAUGGCUUUUGUGAAAGAAAUCGUGAUGUUCUCUUCAUGGAUCUGAUUGAACUUAUGCAGAGCAGUGAGCUGCCUUUUAUAAAGGCUUUAUUCCCGGAAAAUCUACAAGCAGACAAGAAAGGACGUCCAACCACUGCUGGCAGCAAGAUUAAGAAACAAGCCAAUGACCUUGUCAGUACCCUGAUGAGAUGUACACCCCACUAUAUUCGCUGCAUAAAGCCCAACGAGACCAAAAAGUCCCACGACUGGGAGGAAAGCAGGGUAAAACAUCAAGUAGAAUACCUGGGAUUAAAAGAAAAUAUUCGGGUCAGAAGAGCUGGUUAUGCCUAUCGACGAGUUUUCCAGAAAUUUUUACAGAGGUAUGCCAUUUUGACCAAAGCAACUUGGCCAUCAUGGAAAGGAGAUGAGAAACAUGGUGUAAUCCACCUGCUGCAGUCAGUCAACAUGGAUGCUGAUCAGUUCCAACUUGGGAAAAGUAAAGUCUUCAUCAAAGCCCCUGAAUCUUUAUUUCUUCUUGAAGAAAUGAGAGAAAGAAAAUAUGAUGGAUAUGCUCGGGUGAUACAAAAAACUUGGAGGAAAUUUGUGGCCCGGAAGAAAUAUGUCCAAAUGAGAGAAGAAGCCUCUGAUCUGCUCCUGAACAAGAAAGAAAGAAGAAGAAAUAGCAUUAACAGGAACUUCAUCGGUGAUUACAUUGGAAUGGAUGAGCACCCAGAGCUCCGGCAGUUUGUUGGCAAACGAGAGAAGAUUGACUUUGCAGACACAGUCAUCAAGUAUGACAGAAGAUUUAAGGGUAUAAAGCGAGAUUUAGUUCUGACCCCAAAGUGUUUGUAUUUGAUCGGCCGAGAAAAGGUGAAGCAGGGGCCUGAUAAGGGCCAGAUGAAGGAGGUGCUGAAGCGGAGAAUUGAGAUGGAGAGGAUUUUGUCUGUGUCUCUCAGCACACUACAAGAUGAUAUAUUUAUUCUCCAUGAACAAGAAUAUGACAGUUUGCUUGAAUCAGUCUUCAAGACAGAAUUCCUAAGCCUCUUAGCAAAACGUUAUGAGGAGAAAACCCAGAAGCAACUACCUCUGAAAUUCAGUAAUACGCUUGAACUGAAGUUGAAAAAGGAGAACUGGGGCCCAUGGAGUGCAGGAGGCUCACGACAGGUGCAGUUCCACCAAGGCUCUGGGGACCUCGCCAUUCUCAAACCCAGUAACAAAGUGCUGCAGGUCAGCAUCGGACCAGGGCUACCUAAGAAUUCCCGCCCCACCAGAAGGAGUGUUACCCAACAUAGAGGUUAUUCCAGUAGUCAUCAGAAUCCGAACUACCCCAUGAGAGCUGCUCCCCCACCUCCAGGAUAUCAUCAAAAUGGAGUCAUCAAAACCUCCCAGUUUGUCCCCCAUCCCCAGGCUCCUGGAAAUACAAGGUCCAAUCAGAAAGGCCUUUAUACAUCUAUGACACGUCCACCCUUACCUCGACAACAAUCGACUGGCUCUGACCGAGUUUCUCAGCAGCUUGAAAGCCUGGACUUCUUAAAGGUCCCAGAUCAAGGAGCAGCUGGUGUCCGGAGACAGACAACAAAUCGGCCUCCCCCAGCAGGUGGCAGACCCAAGCCCCAGCCCAAACCUAAGCCUCAGGUACCACAGUGCAAGGCUCUGUAUGCUUACGAUGCUCAGGACACAGAUGAACUCAGCUUUAAUGCCAAUGAUAUCAUCGAUAUUAUCAAAGAAGAUCCCUCAGGCUGGUGGACAGGUCGACUGAGAGGCAAACAAGGACUGUUCCCCAACAACUACGUGACCAAGAUCUGAACACAAAGAGAUGCUGGACCAUAUUUAGGGAGGAGUCCUAGAAACAGAUGAAGCACAGAACAUCUUAGAUGAUUCCCCUUCUAAGUAACAGCAAGCAAUUUCUUCUCUGUGGCCUGGAACUCUUGACUGCGCCUUCACUAGGGAGCUUAUUAAGAAGCCAGGGGGAGGGUGGGGGGAUAUUGUUAGGAAUUAUUCUUAUCUAAAAGGCAACCAGGUAGACUAAGUCAUAGGAAUACAGAAGGACAGAGAUUUAUUUAUUGUAUUUAAACUUAGUCAGAUGGAAGGUGAAGUCCAUUCAGUCAUUUUGAUUUCUGUCAAAGCAGCAAGUCAUUUUCCAAUGCAGGCCCGGGAAAGUGUUAAAGGCUGUUUGUUGACAAGUGCCUUUUAGUUGAAGUCUCUUUGGUUAAAAAAAAAAAAAACCCAGACAAAACAGAACAAAAACCCCCAAACUUCUUGACACAGUCUUCUCUACACUUCUAUGCCAAAGCUGCAACUCUCCCUGGAAGGAUCCAUCCCAAACAAGGCUCUGGAUCAUCCUUAGACAGAAAACUGACAAUUAAAGAGUAUGAGUGAACAGUCUGCAUCCAAACGCUGAAGGGGAGGGAUGCUGUGCUAAGUCUCUUCAAGCAGAUAUGGAACAGCUGGUUUGCACUUUGCCCAGAAUUGGUUGUAAGGGAUGGUCUGGCUGGGUAGGAGCAGGGGGCAUGGGAGGGAUGGGUUAUCCAUGUUGCCUUCUUUGCGUCUUAAAUUGGAAUGUGGCUGGCCCAUGUUGGUUUUAUGUGUAAUGUUGUACCUAUUACAAGAAGGAUUUCUCUUCCUCAAGCUGUACAUUUAUAAAAGCAGAACGUAUACUGUAUAUACAAAAUCAUCAAAUGGUAGAAACAUGUAUGAAUGUAUAAUGUAGUAUUCCACUGUACUUAGUUGUGAGUUAGUUUUAUUAUAAGACUUGCACCAGGUACUUACGAAUGUGCACUAUUCCUUUCCAAUUAUAGAAUCAGUGUUACUGCUCUAGCCCAUGCCUUUCUCCAUACCCAUUUUGGAUGUCUUAUUACUUUUUUUAUUGGUAUCAUCUUCAUCUCCUUCUCCACUCCACUUCCCAACUCUCCCAAAUAAACAGGAAUUGGUGAA